AUGGGUCGAUCAGAAAUCCGCAAUAUCUGCAAAGUUUCACUUGAUGAGCCUGCAGAAAGUCAACCGAAGCUUCAUAACAGAUGGCAUCCAGAUAUUCCGUUCGCUGACACCAUCAAGAAUGGUGAAACCGUUAAGAUAGAAUGUGUUGACUGGACUGGAGGUCAAAUCAAGAACGAUGACAGUGCAGAUGAUGUAAAAAAUGUCGAUCUUACCAAGAUCCACUACUUGUCUGGGCCAUUUGAAAUCGAGACAGCAGAGCCAGGAGAUGUAUUGCUUGUUGAAAUAAUGGAUGUACAGCCACAUCAAGAGCAUCCUUGGGGCUUCACCGGUGUCUUCGCCAAAGAAAACGGAGGUGGCUUCCUGGAUGAACUUUACCCAUCGGCAGCUAAAGCAAUUUGGGAUUUUGAGGGGAUCUAUUGCUCAUCGCGGCAUAUUCCCCAUGUCAAAUUUCCUGGAUUGAUUCACCCUGGUAUUCUUGGUUGUGCACCAUCUGCAGAAGUUCUAGCCACAUGGAACAAACGAGAGGGUGAAUUGAUAGCUGCCAACAAGCUGGACAGGAUCGUUGCUCAACCACCUAACCCUCAAAACGUGCAUGCUGGUUCGGCAUCUGAGGACAUCAAAACAAAGGUUGGCCGCGAAGGCGCAAGAACAAUCCCGGGUCGCCCCGAACAUGGCGGAAACUGUGACAUCAAGAAUUUGAGCAGAGGAAGCAAGGUGUACCUUCCAGUACAUGUGAAGGGAGCCAAGUUCUCUGUUGGAGAUCUCCAUUUCUCCCAGGGCGACGGUGAAAUCUCGUUUUGCGGUGCCAUUGAGAUGUCCGGUGUCAUCACCAUCAAUUUUAAGGUAAUGAAAAAUGGUAUAGCAGAUCUUGGUAUGAAAUCACCACUCUACUUACCCGGCCCCGUCGAGCCCCAUUACGGACCAGGAAGAUACCUUACCUUUGAGGGGUUCAGUGUGGACCACCAUGGAAAGCAGCACUACAUGGACGUCACUGUCGCCUACCGCGAGACUAUUUUGCGUUGCAUCGAAUACCUACGUCGAUUUGGGUAUUCUGACUACCAGAUCUAUCUCUUGUUAUCCUGUGCACCAGUACAAGGUCACGUCGCUGGAAUCGUAGAUAUCCCAAACGCAUGUACGACUCUUGGUUUGCCCAUGGAUAUUUUUGAUUUCGAUAUUUCUCCUUCUGGUCCUGCAAAGAAGCUGGAUAUGGGUAGCUGUGCCUUUGAGACCGGUGUUACCGCGGGCAAAGUUACAAAGGGCGGUGAGAAUAGUGAGCACAGCUUCGGUGGUGGUUUGACUUUCAAGUAG